GCCAGUUAGAUAUGCUAUCAUUAGAUUCUGUCUCUUCUUCAAAGCCAUCUGCAGUAAAGUCAUAGAUGUCGAAAAGCUGAAAAAAAUGCAAGCUGACCUUGUUGAAACAGUUUGUGAGCUUGAGAAAUUCUUCCCCCCUUCUUUCUUCGAUAUUAUGUUACAUCUUUCGGUGCAUCUUGUAAGAGAGGUUGAGCUCUGUGGCCCCGUUUUCUUUAGAUGGAUGUAUCCCUUUGAAAGGUACAUGAAGACUUUGAAGGGCUAUGUAAAGAACCGGAGACAUCCAGAAGGUUGCAUUGCUGAGUCGUACAUCGCUGAAGAAGCAGUGGAGUUUUUAGCAGAACGUAAUCUAGAUGAACCUACUAUUGGACUACCAGUAAGCGACAACUUUGAUAAUACAGAGACAUGCAGACCUUUAUCUGGUGCCACAGUGAUGAAUCCUGAUCGGAAGGAGUUGCAGCUAGCACAUUUAUGUGUCCUGCAGAAUACGGAUGAAGCAAGGCCUUAUUUUGAUGAACAUAUGGUAUUGUUGAAGCGUCUUUUUCCAAAUUUCGAAAAAAAUGAGAAGUGGUUAAAGGAGAAGCAGAAUAAAACCAUUGCUAAAUGGAUACAAGACAAGGUUGCAGCUGAACUUAUGGAUCACGAGAAUAAUGUUUCAGAACAUAUAAAGUGGAUUGUUGAUGGUCCUAAUCCCGAAGUACCUACAUUCAGUGGCUACAAGAUAGAUGGGGUUAACUUCAGCACCAAGGAUCGUGACGAUGUCCGUCAAGUUCAAUGCAGUGGUGUUUCCUUGUUCGCCAAUGCAAUGCUAGUCUCUAGUGCUAAGGAUAAGAAUCCCGUUAAUGAUGAUACAACUUUUUAUGGAGUCAUUAAAGAUAUAUGGGAGUUAGACUACCAUAGUUUUAGGGUACCUAUCUUCCAUUGUGAUUGGGUUGAUAUUGACAAGGGCAUUAGGAUAGAUGACCUGGGAUAUACAUUAGUCAAUUUGAAUAGGCUAGGUCAUUUCAAUGAUCCUUUCGUGUUAGGUACACAUGUGAAGCAGGUCUGCUACAUAGAUGACCCUCUUAACGCUAAUUGGUCAGUGGUUAUAAGAUGUCCGGAUAGGGAUUACCAUGGUGGUGAUGAUGAGGAGGUUGGAAUCAUUGAACUUGAGGAGGACAAGAGCGAUGCCACGAUGCCAACCAUCGAUACUACAAAUGUAGUUGGUGAACAAACUAGUAGUUACAUGCGGGAUGGUGACGAAGGAAUAUGGGUUGAUUAAUUGAUGAUUUAUGUGUAAAGUAAUUGUUUAGUACUAUUGUAGCCAUUUGGUAAUUGGCUUGUUCGAUAUUUAAAUUUGGAUUGUGACUUUUAAUCUCGUCUUGUUUAAAUAUAAACUGUAUUAAUUUUUCCUUAACUGUUUUUACUUUAAUCUGCCAUAUUUACUGUGCUUUUAUACUGUUUUCUAUACUUGUAAUCAGUUUUGCUUUGUUGUGCUUUAGAUGCUUUAAUAAUGGUUAACUAACCUAUGUGGU